AUGACUUGGAAGACCUGUGACAGGACUGGAAGUUCUGCUUAGGCACGUGGCCGCAAACUAGUUAGUUGGGAGGCCUGCAGCGUGUACAAGGUUCCUGAAGAACCCUACAGCUCUCAUGAGGUGAACCCCAAGGAUGAGGCUGCUCAAGUGGCUGAUUUUCCUGGCCCACUGGGGAGUCGCCAGGGCGGAACCAGGGAAGUUCUGGCACAUCUCUGACCUGCACCUUGACCCCGACUACAAGGUAUCCAAAGACCCCCUCCAGGUGUGCCCAUCAGCUGGCUCCCAGCCAGUACCCAGUGCAGGCCCCUGGGGGGACUACCUCUGCGACUCUCCCUGGGUCCUCAUCAACUCCUCCAUCUACGCCAUGAAGAAGAUCGAGCCGGAGCCAGACUUCAUUCUCUGGACAGGUGAUGACACGCCUCAUGUGCCCGAUGAGAGGCUGGGAGAGGCGGCUGUGCUGGAAAUAGUGGAACGCCUGACGAAGCUCAUCAGAGAGGUCUUUCCAGAUACUAAAGUCUAUGCUGCUUUGGGAAAUCAUGACUUUCACCCCAAAAACCAGCUUCCAGCAGGGAGCAACAAUAUCUACAAUCAGGUGGCAGAACUAUGGAGACCCUGGCUAAGUAACGAAUCCAUCGCUCUCUUCAAAGAAGGUGCCUUCUAUUCUGAGCCUCUGCCAGGCCCCAGCAGGGCUGGGCGAAUUGUGGUCCUCAACACCAACCUAUACUACAGCAACAAUGAGCAGACAGCCCGUAUGGCUGACCCCGGCCAGCAGUUCCAGUGGCUGGAAGAUGUGCUGACCAAUGCGUCCCGAGCUGGGGAAAUGGUGUACAUUAUUGGCCAUCUGCCCCCGGGGUUCUUUGAGAAGACGCGGAACAAGGCGUGGUUCCGGGAGAGCUUCAACGAGGAGUACCUGAGGGUGGUCCGGCAGCACCAUGGAGUCCUAGCAGGGCAGUUCUUUGGGCACCACCACACUGACAGCUUUCGGAUGUUCUAUGACGAUGCAGGUGCCCCCAUAAGCGUCAUGUUCCUCACACCUGGGGUCACCCCAUGGAAAACCACGUUACCUGGAGUGAUCAAUGGGGCCAACAAUCCAGGCAUCCGGGUGUUCGAAUACGACCGAGCCACACUGAGCCUGCAGGUCAGAAGCCCUGGGUCUGCUGGGGCCACAGGAGGAGGGUGGGAGGGACCUAACCCUGUCACUGCCUUCCCUAACUCUCAGCUAAUCCACCCAAUACUGACCACUGAGCCUCAGGAAGAGCAAGCUACUUCCACCCUUCUCAAGUUCAGGUUCAGAACCCUAGAGCCACCUGCCACCAAGUCAGGUCAAUUCUUCCCCAAAUCCCCCUUUUCCCUGGAUCAUUGUCACAGAUUCCUUCCUGGUCUCCUUGCCUCCCACCCUGCCCUGGUAUGGCCCACCUGCUACAUGCUACAGAAAGGAUUAACCUUCCUAAAGCACUGCUUUCAUUUUGUCUCUCUCCUGCUCAAAAACCUUCAAUGGCUCCCCAGUGCCCUUUAGAUAAAGUUGUAUCUCUUUG